GAAAAAACCCUUCGUGAUGUCUGUUUUGUUUUGCUCUCUAUAUCUUGUGAUUUUGCUCUACAAGAGCAUCUCUAAUCGCUGCUACAGGGAGUCUGUGUGUGUUUUAGUUGAAUUAGCCUUUAAAGUCCAUUGCUCAUCCGCAUUGUCGACUUUUGGAAAGGCAGAGAGGAAUAUCUUCUAUUUCAUCAUCAACAUCAUCGCUUGAGAGGCCCAUCAAACCUGUCAAGAAAGCUCCGAGUCUUUACACUCUCUAGAGAAAGCGGAAGAAAGGCAAGCAGCAGAGUAAGUUCAUGCUCAGCGAUGGAUGUCCCAAUACCUGGAGAUCAGAAGAGUAGAAAGCGCAUGAGGGUUCCAACCUCAUGUGCCGUCUGCAGGAAGAGAAAG